CCGAAUGCUCUUCGCCAAGUCGACCGGUCCGAGUCGAUUCAGUGCGCGUCCUGCUUUAGGCGCUUUCGGUCUCGAUUUUGUAUUUGGUAUGUACACGAAAGCGAUUCGUUUUCGUGAUCUUUCAACAAUCCUAACCUCAACAAAAAUUAUUUUGAUUUUCCGAUUCAAAUUUUAUCGGUGAAGGGUGAAGUUUCAUGUCUUCAUGAUGGCAUGGCAUGGCUGUUAUUGAUUUCUGUAAACAAGUACAAGUUUAUUUAAAUUUACUAAUUUUCUAUUUUCAUUAUUAAAAAAAAACAGAUUUAUUAGAGCCAAACAUGGAUAGCGACAGCAAGUCCCAAGCCUCGGACACCGUGGAAACUCUGCAAAAAGAAGCUGAAAUCUUGAAAAAACGUUUGGAAGAGGAACGCCAGAAACUCAACGAUGUUACUUUGGAACAAGUUGCUGAAAGGCUGGACUGCGUCAGUUGCCCCAAUAUCAAACCCAGGCGAACUCUAAAGGGCCACCAGGCGAAGGUUUUGUGUUCAGAUUGGUCUCCAGACAAAAAACACAUUGUAUCUUCAUCCCAGGAUGGUAAAAUGAUCAUCUGGGACGCCCAUACUACAAACAAAGAGCAUGCAGUCACUAUGCCUACCACUUGGGUGAUGGCCUGUGCCUAUGCUCCAUCUGGUAACUUUGUUGCUUGCGGAGGUUUAGAUAACAAAGUCACAGUCUACCCUCUAAUCCUGGACGAGGACGUUUCCUUGCGUAAAAAAACAGUUGGCACCCAUACUAGCUACAUGAGCUGCUGCCUGUUCCCCAACUCGGAUCAGCAAAUUUUGACUGGUAGUGGUGACUCCACUUGUGCCCUUUGGGAUGUAGAAUCCGGCCAACUGCUCCAGAGUUUCCAUGGACAUAGUGCUGAUGUCAUGUCUAUAGACCUUGCGCCUUCAGAAACGGGAAAUACAUUUGUUUCUGGAAGCGUGGAUAAAAUGGUUUUAAUUUGGGAUAUGAGGACUGGUCAAUGUGUUCAAAGCUUCGAAGGCCAUGAAUCUGAUGUAAACAGUGUCAAAUUUCAUCCUAGCGGUGACGCUGUUGCUACAGGAGGCGAUGAUGCUACAUGUCGCCUAUUUGACUUGCGCGCAGACAAAGAAAUUGCAGUUUACAGCAAAGAGAGUAUCAUUUUUGGGGCAAACUCUGUGGAUUUUUCACACUCUGGUCGUCUGUUGUUCGCGGGUUACAACGACUACACGGUGAAUGUGUGGGAUACGCUUAAAUGUGUCAGGGUUUGGUUACUAUAUGGUCACGAGAACAGAGUGAGCUGCUUGCAAGUUUCGCCAGAUGGCACUGCGUUGUCUACAGGGUCUUGGGAUUGUACUUUGAGAGUUUGGGCUUAAAUUACUUGCUUGAGUAGUUGGUCCAUUGAUGUCAUAUUAUUAAAGUCAAAUAUAUACCAUAUAAGCUAAUAUAUCUCUUGACUGCAUCAGUCAAAGGAUGGAAGCCAAUAUAAAAUUAAAAGACAUAAAAAAGGAUUUUUUUUUUUAAAUUGUCAGAGUUUGGUAAAUAAUCUCAAAAAAUGAGCCAAAAUGCUCCUGAAAGUUUUGUAACGCAUUUAAAUUAUACAGACAGGCCUAUAUCCAGGCUUUGAUUUCAAAGAAAGGAAACAAACUUUAAGGAUGGAGGAGCAAACUUAUUUCAAUUUAUGUAAUUUUUCAAAAUCACGACAAGGUGAAAAAAAACUUUGUUCUCAAAAUUAUAUAAUUAUAAAAAAUAAAACCUUAACAGAACACAAAAAGUUAUUAUGAUAUAUUUUUUCUAGUAGACAAGAUCUAGAGUGGCCACUCUUUCUCAGUGGGGAUUACUCCUCUUAGCUACGGUCUGGUGCACCGGGCUACAGUUGGUCUCUUUUCAUAAAGCUGUAGGGUAACGUUUAAUAGUUAGCCAAUUUCUACAUAAAGUUCAUCCAUCUUGUUUCUAACAAAUGUUAUAUUUAUAGAUAGAAUUUGAAAACAAGGUUUUUGGAUCCUUUUAGUGAGACUAAUCUUCUGAUAAAAAAAAGUACCAAAUUUCCAGAACUGAACGUCUGAAAAUGUAUACAAUAUUAUUGUCAAAAGCAAACUUGUAUAACGGACUUUUUUGUAUAGUUUUUCAAUUUUGUCUUGUUUUAUUAUACAUGCAAAGGAAUAGGCGUACAAUACCAUAGAUUUAAACACUAAUUGUGUAAGUUUAUAACAGUGCAAAUUCUCAGAAAUCCUCUUUGGCAUGUUUGUAAUCCCAUUCUGUCUGUAAUCUCAGGUAGCUAUCAUUGAUAUUAAAAAUAAGAUUGGGCCCAAAAUUGAACCCCUUGUGGCCCACCUUCAACAUCAUGUUGAUAAGACUCUUUGGGCAAGUUUUCAAGUCCAACUUGUCGGGUAGACACUGUUCGAGUCUAUACCCAAUACAAUAGGCGAUUCCGAAUGAAGCUUAAACAUUGUACAUGAAAAGAUUGAAACCCUAUCAAAUUAUUAUUUAUUAAUGAAUUAGAUUGAUAUAUGUAGUUAAUCAAAAUAAUUAUUGUUGAAAGUUACUAGAAUUUGUUGUGAAGACUUAAAAAUCUGCCAGAUAUUUUAGAAUAGUUUCUAUUUAAUUUUUUGUUAGUUCCUAUUUAGCUUAUAAUCAUAGAUAAUGAAUAUUAUAUUAGAUGUUUUAAAAAAAC